UUCACUCUCAGUUGCAGUAAUGGCUUCUUCACACUGUUCUAUAGCCCGUCUCUGCCUUCUUCUUGUCUUUUGUUUCAUCUCUGCACACUCUACCUCUUCCACUUCUCACUACUACGACGAGCAGGAAUCGGUAUAUCAAGUAUUGGAAGCGAUCAACUCGGACAUCGAUUGGCGAUCUCUCUUCCCUGAUGAUUUCUGUGUCUCAGCUCCUCAUGGAAUCGUCUGUGAGUAUUUCUCCGACGAGAACGAUACCGUUACGCCUCACAUCACAGAACUCAACUUCGGUUCCGUUUCAGAUUACUCUCCAAACCCACCUUGCAGUUUUAAUUCUACGCUUUCCCCUUUACUUUCUUCCUUCACUUACCUCCGCAAGCUCUUCUUCUACCAAUGUUUCACAGAAACCAUGGUUUCUUUCCCCUGGUUCCUCUCAACCUUGGGUUCUACGUUAGAAGAACUCGUGUUCAUCGAUAACCCAUCUCUGGUUGGGACUCUGAGUGGGAAUCUCGGCAACUUAACUCGUCUCAGGAGGUUCAUUCUCAGCGGGACAAGCGUUUCUGGAGCAAUCCCAGAUGAGAUUGGUGGUUUGCUCGAGCUCCAGCAAGUUACAAUCAGCAGAAAUUGCUUCCAUGGAAUAGUUCCCCAGAGCUUAGGGAACUUGAAGAAACUGAAAGUGCUUGACCUCAGUUACAAUGGGUUAGAAGGGAAUCUCCCAGAAUCAAUCGGGAAGAUGACAGAGCUGGUGAAGCUUGAUUUGGGUUCGAAUCAUUUUGAUGGGGGAAUCCCAGAAAGCCUAGUGGGUUUGCAGGAACUUGAGUUCUUGGACUUGAGCUACAACCGUUUUGGUAACUUUGGAAUUCCUCUGUUUUUAGCAGAGAUGCCAAGCCUGAGAGAAGUGUACUUGAGUGGGAACCCACUAGGAGGCCAGAUACCUGAAAUUUGGGAGAAGCUUGGGGGUAUUUUGGGGUUAGGGUUAUCAGGGUUGGGUCUGGUUGGUAAAAUUCCUGCUUCCAUGGGAGUUUUUCUGAGAAACGUUUGUUUCCUGGUUCUUGAUCAGAACAAGCUUGAAGGAACAGUGCCGGACGAGUUUGGGCUUCUGGAGUCUGUUCAUGAGAUGAACUUGGAAAACAACAAAUUGAGUGGAAAGCUUCCAUUCUCUGCUAAUUUUUCAGCUAGAAUCAGAGGAAAGUUAAAGUUAGCUGGAAAUCCUAAUCUCUGUAUCGAUGGAGACCUUAGUUCAGCUCAAGAUAAAAGCAGUUUGGGGUACUUGAAAUCCUGCAACAAACCCAAUAAACCAGAUGCUGUCCUGUUCUCAUUCUCUGAGAGUUCUUCACCAGUAAACUCUUCUCUGCUUCUUAUAAUCUUCUUAGGGUUGUUUCUAACUUUUUGUUUAUAGAUUAGAAGUUUAGCUCAGAAAGAGAUAAAGAGGAAGAUAUACUGAAAUUUAUACUUUACACCCUUUCCAUUUUUGUGGCUUGGUUUUUUGCAGUGACAGAUGUUUAUAGUUUGAUGUGUUU